AUGUUUUCGUUUUUUUCGUUGACUGCUACUCAACGAUCAAUACCGUUACAAUAUGUCGAUGGUUACAGGUCAUCUUGCAAAUUGCAUCUAGCAGGCAAUUUCAAUCUUAUUAUUUCGGCACCUCAUGGUGGUAAUGUAAUGACAAACGACAUACCCGACCGAACACCAGGUGGUUGCCGUCGUGCAGGAUCAUCGUGUACAUGGCACUAUGCCGAUAACUGUCUAGAUGGUCAGCGUUGUGCGACAACAACAGUUCAGGAUUAUCUUAGUGAUGAAUUUGCACAGAAUGUUGCCGAAGAAUUGAACAACAAGUAUAAUCUGAAACCAUUCGUUGUCAUCGGAAAAUGGCAUCGAAAAAAAGUAGAUUUCAACCGAGAAAUCAACGAGGCAACACUCAAUCAUCCCGAGGCUAUUAAUGCUCAUAAAAGUUAUCAUACAAAUUUAAAAAAUGCAAUAAAUAAAAUAGAGCAACAAUAUGGUAAAGGUCUUCUUAUUGAUAUUCAUGGUCAAGGAGUAGGAAACUUUACUAUGGUUGGAUACCUCUUAGACAGUGACUUACUCAACAGAGAUGAUCUUCAAUCAACACUUGCUACGACUACAUCCAUUGAACAGUUGUGUGUGUUCAAUCGAAAUGAAUGUAUUCGUGGACAAAACGCUUUUGGCACAAUAAUGGAAACAAAUGAACUUGGUAUCGCAUAUCCGUCGAAGUUACAUCCAAAGCCAGGAAGUGGUACUUUUUUUGAAGGAGGUUACAUAACUCGCAAUUACAUUUCACAGAUAAAUGCUAUUCAAACUGAACUACCGUAUGAUAUGCGUGCUGGAUCCUACAAACGUGUGAACGCUAUUAAAUAUGCGCGUACUCUCUUUGAUUACAUGACACUAAAUAAUUUACUGUUGAAAACUUAA